CAACCAAAUCAUCCAUUCAUUUGCUUUACUACUUUUCUUUGUCACAAAAAAGAUCUUUCCUCAGCAUAUGUCUCAAAGGCCUAGCGUUCCUCACUCUUCUUCAAUAGCUUUUGGUCUCCAUUCCCAUCUCCUGGUUUCCAGUGAGAUGAACCCCAAUUCCAACUGGUCUCAGUAGUUUCAUCUUUUUUCUUUUCAUUUUUGGACAAUAAUUCCAAUUUUUUCUUGAACAUAAUCUGUCAGUUUUGUUCAUUCUUUUGCCUUUUGACAAAGGUCAUUCGGCUUGUUAACUUUGUGAGCAAAAAUUUGUUAAAGAAUCAAAAAACUCAAAAUGGGAGUCAAAGGAUUUGUUGAAGGAGGCGUAGCAUCAAUUGUGGCCGGAUGUUCCACCCACCCACUUGAUUUAAUCAAAGUCCGAAUGCAACUCCAGGGUGAAACCCAUGUUCCGAACCCGGCUGUCCAAACCCUCCGCCCUGCUUUAGCCUUUCACACAACCACCACCUCAUCUGCUAUCCACAUGCCACCUCCGUCAGCAUCAGCGGCAGUGCGUGUUGGACCAGUAGCCACCGGAAUCCGGAUCUUCCAAACCGAAGGUGUGGCAGCUCUUUUCUCCGGUGUCUCUGCCACCGUUCUCCGCCAGACGCUCUAUUCUACCACCCGCAUGGGACUCUACGACAUCCUGAAACAGAAAUGGACCGACAAGGAGACCAAAAACAUGCCUCUCCCGCGCAAAAUUGCCGCUGGAUUAAUCUCCGGGGGGAUCGGCGCAGUUGUCGGGAACCCAGCCGACGUUGCAAUGGUUCGCAUGCAAGCAGACGGACGCCUUCCUUUAUCUCAACGCCGUAACUACACCAGCGUUAUCGACGCAAUCACUCGCAUGACUAAACAAGAGGGCGUUACCUCCUUGUGGCGCGGCUCAUCGCUUACGGUGAACCGUGCGAUGUUGGUGACGGCAUCGCAGCUGGCAUCUUACGAUCAGAUCAAAGAAAUGAUUUUGGAAAAUGGGUUGAUGAAAGAUGGACUUGGGACACACGUGGCAGCGAGUUUUUCGGCAGGGUUUGUUGCGGCGGUGGCGUCGAAUCCUGUUGAUGUGAUCAAGACAAGGGUAAUGAACAUGAAGGUGGAGCCUGGACAAAAGCCUCCAUAUGCUGGCGCUUUGGAUUGUGCCAUCAAGACGGUGAAGGCGGAAGGGCCCAUGGCUUUGUAUAAAGGGUUUAUACCCACGAUCUCGAGACAAGGACCAUUUACGGUGGUCCUUUUUGUUACGUUGGAACAGGUUCGAAAGUUGCUUAAAGAUUUUUGAGGUAUUAACGACGACAAAGAUGAUGAUGAAAACGAAUCUUAGGAAUUCUCUGUUUUAAGUUAUGUAAUUGUUUUUCAGUUUUAUAUGUGGUUAAAACAAGGGUAAGGAAUUGCUUCUGAUUGUAAGAGCAUGCUUAUGUCUGGCUUCUAAUUUUAAUAGUGAAAUAUUCUUAUUAAAUUUGAUUGUUUUGUUUGGUGUUUUACAACUUUUGUUUCUGGUAUUCUAUCCCAGAAUUAAGUAUAGCCUAAGAUAUUAUCUUCUGUAGUUUUUCAGUUUAAAUAUUACAAUUUUGAUUUCUAAAAACAAUAGUAGCUGAUCAAAAUUGAAUAACCAUAAAUACUCAAAUUUUACAUGAACUUAUUCCUCUAAUUCACAAUUCUGA